AUGGGGAAGAAAAAGAUGGACCUAACUUACAUUACCGAUGGCAAGGCAAGGGAAGCAACUUUAAACUUAAGGAAGGAAGAAUUGAAGCAGAAACUCUAUGAGCUCCAUGUUCUUUGCGACGUUGAUACAUGUGCGGUCAUCUACAAUCAAUACGACCCUAAUCCAGAGGUAUGGCAAUCGACCUCAGAGGUUAAAAGUGUAUUUGAGAAGUUUGAGAUGUUGUCAGAGAAAGAGAAGACAUGUAGAUCGGUGAACCAUGAAGAAUUUCUCCAUCAGAUGAUCGAAAAAGCCAGGAGGAAAAGACAGAAACUGAAUGACCAAAACAAGGAGAAAUACAUGAGGGAACUCAUGUUCGCGUUUCUCAGUGGGAACAUGGAAGAUUUGAGUUUAAACAAUGAUGAUCAUUCUGAGUUGUGUAGUUUCAUUGAUCAAUAUCUCAAGCAGCUUGUUCAUCAUAAGAACCAAACCUUAAACAAUCCAAACUUUGAAAUCGGCCAGUCUUCCUCAAUGGCUCUGGACAUGAACAUAGCACAAACCUCUAUUGCUGAAGCAGUAUUCCCUCAACAAGUAGCAACGAAGAAGUAUAUAUUCCGGUUAUGA